AUGCAACCUUCAGCACAGCCUUCUCCUCUCACUCCCAAAGCCAUCUCAUCAACAUCGUCAAUCACACCCACCAACACACCAAUAGAUCUCCACGACCCUGAAUCGGAUGCAGCUUUCAACUCUACCCCUAUCGAAUCACAAAGCACACGCCAACGAUCCUUGUCAAAAACAUCUUCCGUCGGAAUGACAAGCCCUCGGAGUCAAUACACUUCAUCACACAUGGAUGAUCAUCACAACCAUCCUCAUAUUCAACAAUAUUUACAACUAAUGAAAGUACAACAUAAAUAUUAUGGCUCAUCCUUGUCAUCGGAAUCCAUGACGAAUCACAAAGAAAAUAUUGAAAGUAGCACUGAUGUGAAUGCAACCACACACGACAUUUUGUACUUUGUGAUACAUUCCAUUGAGAAGGGCACUUGUUGGUUCAGUCAAUCGUAUGAAAAAGUAGAAUUGUUACCGAAUGCACAACGUUUGUCUUCUUCAUCGACCAACAAUUAUCAUGUAGACACAACCUCUCAACAAAUCCCAUCCGCACACAACAAGCAAAUAAUUUCACAAAUUAUGAAUGGUGUUCAUGAAGAUUGGAAAUCACAAAAUAGUUUCACAAUACCAAAAAUUCUAGAAGAUUCCAACACAACUGUGAACAGCUCUGUAACGAAUGCCAUUACCUCUUCUGGAUGCUUUUUAAGGACCGUUAACAAUGAAUCUUGCAUGAUUAUUUGGAAAAUUCCACCAAAAUCUUCCUUUUGUUUUUCACUAGUUUGUACAUUGAGAUGCAAUUUACUACAUGCAGAACAUGCACUGAACCAAAUCAUUGCUCAUACAGCUUUUAAGAAAGAUGGAGUGACACCGAUCGAUCCAAGAGAGUUUCUGUUGAAACCUGAAGAAAUUCUUUCAAAACUUCAUCAUCAAAUGCCACAUGGCAAAUUAACUUUUCUCAAUUUCACAAAAGGUAGUCAGUCGAACAUGUAUUCGUUUCUUCCAGAUUUUGUUUUGAAUUGA